CUGGUGCCUAGCAACCAAAAGAAAACUGAAAAAAAAAGGAGGCAAUCCAAAAGUACUUUACGCGCCCAGCGCGAGACCCCUGCCCCCUGCCGGUCCUUCGCCUGCACAUUCGCCAGCUCGACUGCUGGUGUUACAUUAGGUAGGUAGGUAGGUAGUUUGGCGGGGAACUCAGACACCCCCCCAGACAGCAGCAGUGCACAGCCAUUCAUACGUUUAUCACUUAUGUAUGUAUGUGCAAGACUGGCGCCCUCUAGGAGAACGGUGGGAGGCGCAUACUCAAUUCUACCACACCACGUACCUGCCCCAUCAAUCUGGCGUUGGCCCAGCCCCUCCCCAAUUGAGGCAGAGCACCCGCUCUUUCCCAACCUGGUCCGCCUUGACGACAUAUGUCUCUGAACCGUCUGGCUGUUUGAGCAGGUGCCAACACCGCACCGCACACCCGCGCCGGCAUGUCUUCUUCACGGGAUUUCAACGCCCCGUUUGCCCCCUACCGACGAAAUCGUUCCCGCUCCCGCGAUCGUUUUACUAGACCAGGCCCUAUCCGCACUGCAUCAGGGGAUCAUGUAAAGGACCGUGAUCGCGAUCGAGACCGGGAUCGAGACCGUUACCACGACCCCCGUGAUCGCGACUGGAGGAACGACCGCGACCGCGACCGCGACCGCGACAGAGAUCGGGACCGCGACUUCGACAUGGCCCACACACCAUACCCUUCGCACAGCCAGGCACCCAAGAUGGACCCGGACAAGGCCUCAGCCGACCUGUCAAAGGUGCUCCAUCAAGUGGCCGACCUCAUGACCCAGAAGACCCAACUCUCCCUCAAGAGGGACGCCGAGCUCAAGGCAUAUCACAAGAGGAAACAAGACUACGAGUGUCAGAUCUCAAAGCCCGUGCAGUUCCCGGCUGUACAUGAUCUGUUCCAGAGCAGUCAGAAUCACCACAAACAGACUCUAGCCGCCAUUGACAAGGAUCUCGCCAGCAUAUCCCAAAAGGUGGCUGUCGCUUUCGACAAGUACGCCCAGACGCUCGUGAGGGCUUUCCCUAUCGACGAGGUCAAGGUCCGCCAGAUUCUGGAGAGUUGCAAAGGGGAGCUGGGCUCGACGACCACGCCUCCGCAAUCCGCGCAAGACGAGCGCCUCAUGAAGCUAGAGCAGCGACAGGCUGCCAUCGAGGAGACAUGGAAGAAGGAGGUUGCUUCCCUCAAAGCAACACAAGAGAAACAGGCCUCAGAAUUGGCCACUUACAGGGAAAGGGAGAAAAUGCUUGCCGAUUCGGCGCAAGAGUACCAACAGCUGAGAGCGCAAGUGACCUCUUUGACGUCCGAAGUUGCAAACUUGACCCAGCGCAUGAGCACGUUCGAGCCGGCCGAGGCACUACGGGAAAAUGCCAACGAACAAAUAGGCUCGCUCAGGGCCGACCUGAGCAGACUCGAGGAAGCAUUUAAACUCGAGUCAACCAAGGCGGAGGAUAAGAAACCAAACGUGGCCCAGGACGAGACUUUGCUGCAGGAAAUUGCGGGCCUAGGACAGAGGUGCCAGGAGCUGAGUCGAGAAUUCGGCGCCUUGAGGGACACAUCAACGAGCCACGCCGAACGGAUUGCCGCCUUGAACACGGAUGUGAAGCAACACGAGAAUUUGCUGGCAAACAUCGACGUCGAGAAUCUCGAUGACGCAAUGACGGACUUCACUGCGCUGAAGGGUCAGGUUGUGGCUCAAGAUCUGCUCAUUGAAGAUUUCAAGCAAUCUAUGGCUGAAUCCUUGGCUAGGGUAACUGAGAAAAUGCCCGCGGAUCUUCCCGCGAGUUUCAGUGCAUGGUCCGACAGGGUCCUGAAGGUUUGCGGUACAAAGAUGGACGAACAAACGAAACAAAUCAAAAUCUUGCAGGAUUCUAUCAAGAGCCUGCAGGAUGCCGCGUCAGCCGCGAAUGUCGUCGCCGUAGCGCCGGCCAGCGGUCCUGCGUCGACGCCGACGCCCCAAACGAACACAAGCCUCGCCUCCAAUCUAGAAGCUGUCGCGUCUAGCGUAGCAUCUGCGGAAUCUCGCUUGAUAGAAGCCGAGUCCAAGGCCGUCGCCAUCGUCUCCAGGCUAGGUGCUUUGCAGGACGCGGUGGCCGAGGUGCAAGGAAGUAUGACCACUUGGCAAGAUAGCCUGACCAAUCUCCGGAUCCAAGCAGACCGGCGUUAUGGGGCGCUAGAAACGAUGGUUGAAAGCCUGAGUAGCCAGUGGAACAACAUGAACACAACCCAGAUGGCCCACGCCAUCCUGGAGCAGCUCAGUAGACUCCAGCCUGCCCAGCUCGUGCCUGAAAUACGGCACUUCCAGGAGAGGCUAUCAGACGUCGAGAGAGUCAUUCAAGAGGAUGGGGAGCAGCGCAAAAACCUGUCACUGAAGAUGCAAUCCGUCUGCGACGACAUCGCAAAGGCACCUAAACGAGGACUGGGUGCGGAGGACAAGUUUCCUGGGCCUCAAGAUAAGCGGUUAAGAAUCGAGGAUCAGAACGGCGUGAACGGCUACGGUAAUGGCUACAUUCACUCAUAAUGCCCCGUACGAGAGUUCUGGUUUUUCUGUUUCUUGCACCCUGGCGUCUUCGGAUAUGUACAAAUGGAGAAUGAAGUGCCCACGGUAUGAGCUACGGUGGAUUCUGGCCACAGAUUUGGGCUUGCAAAAGAGGCUUUCUGUGGAGCACUACUAGAGAUACCCUGAACUUUUGUCUGUUUGAUUUUUUGGUUGUGCAAAGCGGGCGUGGGAGGCUGCGAAUGGCUUCUUACAGAAUCAAUGGAAAUCCUACACACAAGCCUGUAAUUUCAAAGAAUGGUUGUUGUUUUUUUGAUCCUUUCUUUUUCCUCAAACGAGU